CAUGACGCGUCCACUGACUGACACCCAUCCACCAUGGAACCGUCUAUGCGCAUCGUACCACCCGCACCGUCCAAAUCUGCGUCGCUGAGGGACACCGCUGGCAGUCUUGGUCUGCAUGACACGCUGCAGUUUGGUCCGCGAAGCAUCGUAGCUGAGACCAAGUCAACUGAUGGUCUUCAACACCGUCUUGCUCACUGGGAGGAAACGCAAGACAACCUGAAGUUGACCAUGUUGCGUGAUCUGUAUGGCCUUCAUGCACCCGCUCGACUUCUUAUGGAGCGCAGAGCGGUGUCCACAAACCCUCAUAUGCCUGCCUUGCAACGUAGCAACAUUCACCUCGACAUCUUGAUGGGCCGAGAUGAAACUCUGGAUCCAUCAGACUUCUUCCUCGGUAUGGAGUCUGGCCCAUCUCUCAACACUCACAUGGAGAUGGAAAGGAAACUGCAAAUGUAAUCGUAGAUUUCUGUACACACCAAUCUGAUCAGCACGUUAUUUGGAAAACUUGGUCGUGUU